AUGCUAUUUAGAAGACUACCAAAGGAUUCAACGACUAGUUGGAAAUUGGCACUAUCUGCUAACCGUCCUAAACAUUUAAAUCUUAAUAUUAGAAAUACUCAUACUUAUGGAUUCUACAGUACUCUUAAUAUAUUGAAUUUAAAUGAUACUAUUAUUAAAACUGGUAUAAGAUUUAACAACAACAACAACAACAACAACAACAAUAAUAAUAAUAAUAACAGCACUAACAUUUCAUGGAACAAAAAUUAUUCUACAAAUGCAUCUAAAAAAUUAACUGGGUUAUCUUAUCUUCAUACUGAUUCCAAUUCUUCUUCUUCUUCUUCUUCUUCUGCUGCUGCUGCUACUGCUGAAACAAACCCUUAUUACAAUCAGCUAUGUGCUUUUGAUGAUAAUGUCAAUCAGAUCCUUAUGGAUAAAAAUUUUAGAAGACCCGGAUUUAACACUAAAGACUCCUCCAAUAAUUAUAGUUCUAUUUCUAAUUCUCAAAAUGUAGCUCUAUUCUGGGACUCCAUAACUAGAGCUAUCCAUAUCUAUCAGGAUUUGGCAGGUGUCUGUCCAGACAUGAAUCAAUAUAGAGUCUCCGCUCUAGUCAACCUGAUUCACAACGGUUUAAGAAUAAACAGGUUCCAACUCAUCAAACUGAACAAGAAACCUGAUUACGACUCUAAAUCCUUUCAUCAUGAAAUGAUCAGACAUUUGACCAUCACUCUACAUUCCAUUAUGGAGGAUAUCCUUAACCAUAAAGUCUCAAUCAACGAAUACGGACUAAUGCAUCUUCUAAGCUCCAUGAAAGAACUAAAUCUACAUUUGGAGAUUAUUCAAUUAUGGGAGCUCGCUUCAAGGGAUCCUGUCUUAAAAGAUCUGUUUUUACAACCUAAAUGUCUUGGUGUUCUUUUGCCAAUAUUUUAUCAAUAUGGUAACAUAAAUAAAAAUGAAAAUGAAAAUAACACAAUAGGUUAUUCCUUCUCAGAUUUAAAAUCUUUAUACGAACAAAGUCUAACAAAAUUGCCAUAUACACAUCCCAAUCUAAUAUGUGGUAUGAUCCAAACCUCUCUUAUGGCCAAUGAAUCGCAAUACGCAUUGGAAUUAUUCGAUCAAUUGUCUCAGUUGGCUGACAACACAAAUGUGCCCAACAAGAAAACUUUACUAAACUAUCUAACCGAUGCUCAUCUCUCCUUUAUCGGUAACUGUUCUGAUAUCAACGUUGCAGAGACCUUUUGGAUCAAAGCACGCAACAACGAAAUGCCAUACAAGAUCAAUCUACAAGUCUCCUACAUUAAUUCUUUUUUAAACAACAUUUGGCAACAAACCCAGGACUUCGAUAAAGUCGUUGAUGUAUGGCUGACUAUGGUAGACCACUACAACCAACUUAACCUAAACUUGGGCAUAUUUUCGUCAUUAAAUAAUACUUUCAUGAACAUUUUCUUCAAUUAUAAAUUUGUUGACGAUAAAAUAGCCGGAUUCAAAAAAUUGAAUCAUAUCCUCAAUCUCUACCAAUCAAGAAGACCAAUCGAUGAACCACUGCUGAAUAUCAUUUUGACUAAAGGCACCUUAUCCUGGAAUGAUAAAAACAUAUACGACCAUAUUAGACACCUUUAUCAAUUGUACAAUAUCCCUGAGACCAUCAUCACUAAAAGAAUCCUUUUAAAGACCUUGGGUUCCUUGAAUAACGAUGCGGUGAGUAUUAACGAUAUUUGGAACCAAUGGAUUGAACUAAUUUUGAAAUUGGAUUCUAUGGGACAAAAAUAUAUCGCAAAUGCAGAUUGGGCAGCUAUCAGAGAUGCAACGUUGACAAAGGUCAAAAAAAAUGAUUCUACAGCAACUCAAAGAGAAGAAGACAAAAAGAGAGCUGAACUGUAUGUCAAAAUUGUUAACUUAUUUGCCCCAUAUUGUAGAGAUCCACAACAAAGAGACCAAAUCUCAAGAAACACAGUCUCUAAUUACCAUAUCCUGAAACCAUACUGGGAACAAGGUCAGUUCCAGAAUAUUGAUCAUACUGGACUAGAAAUACCCCAAUUAAAUAGUUUACAACCACAACCAUAA